UGAAUGCUGGAGAGCCUGUUAAAACAUCAGACCCAGCAAAAUGUGUUGGAUGCUGGUGGAGUUCGUGGGAAAAUAGUUGGCUGCAUUUUCCAGAUAUUUGCUGUCAACAGGCAGCGAAGCCCUGGCCUAGGUGUUCUGGCUGUGCCUUACCGAAUCGUGGACCAUGAUGGAGCAAAGAAGAGCCUUAACUAUUCCAUUUAGUGUUGACAAGGAUAACUUGAUGGAAAACCCACUUAAAAUCCCAAUGACAUAUCUUUCGUCAGAGUGUGGGAAGUUAGGCAGACAGGUUUCUUGGACUGCACUUGCAGGUUGCAAACUCAGACAUUGUGAUUCACAGCAUAAAAAUGGAUCCAUGCUGUUUGAUCACAGCCAUGCAGCCAUGUUCACUUCGGAAAUGGCCAGGAGGAAGCCCUGUCUGGUCUUGACAGAUGUCCUAAAGACAGAGCUGGGCAAGACUUACAUGGAAAGGAUAAAACAGAGUCAUACCUUGGGAAAUAGAGGACAGAUGUCAAGUACGCGAAGGGAAAGUGGUCGGUGCAGAGAGCAACCUCUGAUCUGCAGAGACGCGAGGUCCAGUCAGAGAGAGGCCAGAAAUGAUAAGAGCAAGAGUGUAACCCCUAAACGCAACAUGAGGUCCACCUCCUCACCCUGUCAAAGGUUAGGACUGGACAGGAAAAGGUCACAAAAUGUUGACGGAGAAGACGAAGAAGACAAAGAUAUCAAGGAGGUCAUAAUAGGCAAGGACAAUGGAGCGGACUUCAAAUUUGCUGAUGUUGUAGAUUGUGGGUUGUCAGUGAGCUGGCAGUCUGCCGAGGGUGCAGGAGGUUGUGACGAGUUCUCCCCAGCAAGCAUCAAAGACAAGUGGACUGUUCCAGAAAAAGAAGUGCAACGCAGUUUGCAGAAGAGGAAAAGAAUGGAUACAGGGUCCCAGUACAAUGGAACAGACAGCCCCAAACGGCAGCGUGAGAGUGUGCUUCGCCUCACUGGAGAGGAUGGACGGCCGACCCCUGCACGUACCUGUCUGGAGGAAAGUGGAGAGGACGGAGAUUCGGAGAGCCUGGACCGUAGCAUUGUACAGUUCACUGUGGGAGAAGAUGAUAGAACAGACAUUGUGGUCCCAGCCAUCAAUCCCAAUUUGGACGAUAAACAAAGUCUAUCGUCUAACCAGGACAGCACAACCAAGGCCAGAAGCCCCUCUGAACCAACUGCUUCUCAUGGUCCUCCUCAGCAGAUAGGGUUUGCUUGGUUUUCAUCACGUCACCAAAUUGUGCUGUCCAGUGACGAUGAGGAGAGCGGCGAUGAUCCUCAAGAGAGCAGCCCAGCUGUCCAUACACAGGUCACCGUGAAAGACACAGUAAUACAGGGACAAUCCCCACAGAAGCCUGUGGUCAAACAGCAAGCCUCUGACAUACAGGACAUGCAGCUGCUGCGUGUAGUCGUAGAAGAGCUGCCUGGUUCAGUGGCUCCUUCUCCCAUCCCCAGUGUUGACUACUCCUGCAUGGGCAUAGCCUUCUCCAGCCUGCACUGUGGAGGUUACCGGGGGAAGGCAAAUGGAGACAUCAUGAUGGCAGAUCAGAAAAUCAUCAUCCCACUGAAAGACACUACUGAACAGGUGGAGGUAAUGUUAACCUUUGAGCGCAAAGAGCUGCGGAGGUAUAGUGUUUGGGAGCAGCAGGAAAUGGAGAUGCGAGAGCUUCGCUUUAAGGGUGAUGAGGAGCCUUUCCCCCCAGCUGUCCUUCUGUUUUGUGUGUCAGACACUGCUGCAGCUGCUGUACAGCAGGACCUCUGCAAACUGUGCGUCAAACAAGAUGGAACCACAAACACUGGCAUGGCCAGUCCCUUCGUCCUGCUGACUCUGAGAGUUCCUCUAGAGGGAAUGGAGGGGGCUUUAUUGCGCUCCCUCCUGGACAUUGACUGUCUCAACAGUCUGACACACGAACACUCUAUUGUAACCCGUGGUGCAGACAGAUUCAAUUGUUGGGAAAACAUCAACUCUCCUGUUCUUUCUCUGGAAGAUAGCAUAGAGCUGAUUCAAAGAACUGAACUGGACUCACACCUGCUGUCUCUGCUGGGCUUGGAGAGCACUGUCCCUGGACUUAACACAGACCAGGACAGUUCACAAUCUGAUACAGACGAAAACACCACACCACAUGUUCAGCUGGAAGUUGAGCCGCACGAAAAGACAGUCUUGGAGCUCGAGACGACAGCAGAGCUAGACACAAAGACGCAGCCCCAACCAGAGGAGGAUCAGGAAGAAGAACAAGAGCUCGAACAUCCCUCUGAGAAGAAGAAGGAGGAACCCAGCCCUGUAUACACACUGUGCCAUCGUAGAACCAGAGGAUCGUACUCCGUGUCCCUUUGUAAACCAAGCUCCAGCUGGACUAAAUAUAAACAUCAGGGUCUGGCCCGCAGGUUGAUCCAGUUUCCUCCUCCCCCACUAAAGGGAGGAAUAACAGUAACAAUGGAGGACCUGCAGUGCCUUGACAAUGGGCAGUUUCUCAAUGAUGUCAUCAUUGAUUUUUACCUCAAAUACCUCCUCCAGAACGUGUCUGCUUCUGUGGCCGAGCGCUCCCACAUCUUCAGCAGCUUCUUCUACAAGCAGCUGACACGGAGGGACAACGCCAGCGAAGGCACCACCAGUGACUCCUGUCAGAGGCAAAGACGGCAUCAGAGGGUGAAAACAUGGACACGCCAUGUGGACAUCUUCAAAAAGGACUUCCUGUUUGUGCCUGUCAAUCAAGAGGCUCAUUGGUAUCUGGUUGUCAUUUGUUUUCCUGGGCUGGACGAGCCAAAAUGUGUGGCCUGGACAAGCCCAGAUUCCCAGACAGCAAAGAGUCACAGUCGGACAGAUGAGUCACAUGAUCAAGAUGAGGCUCAAGCGUCUAAAAGUCCAAAACAUAACACAGAGAUACCGCCUACGUUAAACCACAGUGACAGCGUGGACACAGAGGCAGAAAAUGCUAAAGAAGAAUCCACCAAAGCUUCACUAACUCAACCGGUGACCUGCACAGGACAGACCUUCCAGAAAAAGGUUGUUUGCAGGAGGCCAUGCAUUCUCAUCAUGGAUUCCCUCAAACUUUCUCUUCACGAACGAGUCUUCAAACUCUUACGGGAGUACUUGCAGUCAGAAUGGGAGGUCCGUCGUGGUUCAUCGAGGGACUUUGGUCCUGAUCAGAUGAAAAGCUCACAUUGCAAAGUUCCCCUUCAGGACAACAGUAGCGACUGUGGCCUUUACCUGCUGCAAUACGUCGAAAGUUUUUUGAAGGACCCCGUGGUUCACUUUGACCUCCCUCUGCACCUAGAACGAUGGUUCCCGCGGCAGAAGGUGCGGAGGAAACGAGACGAAAUAAGAGAUCUUAUACUAAACCUUUACCGACAGCAGAAUCUGGACAGUAACAGAUAGACACAGGGGCAUCUUUACUGCUCAGUGCAUCACAUUCCUGUAGCAGUUAUUAAACACUGCUCAUACUGAGCGACGGGCAUUUCAGUAUGAACUGAAAAUAUUUCCUAUGCGUUAGAUUCUGUUGCUUAAUGCAUAUAUGCAACAAAACAUGUAAACCUUUGGCUAUCUGUGGGUCCUCUGAGGCAUUGUGAAGGCAUCAGUCGAUUCGAAAUAAACACAUAGCUGUCCGUUCAACCAGAAAUACCGUUUAAGUCAAGAAUAUAUAUACAUGCAAAUGUUUGUACACCCCCAGACUUUUUGCUGAUUAUUUUUAUGCUGCAAGACAUUUUAAAAGAUUAAUUAUUUGUAUUUAAUUUCCUAUGUAGAAUCGCUAGUCAAACUAGAAGAUUUUGUGAGUGUCACAAUUGUAAAACCUAGUUUGUACAGCAAAAUAGUAAACAGCUUUUGUUGAGUUUACUUGCUUCAUGGACAUUUGUUAAACAUUUCACAUUGAAAUACUUCUGUUUCUGCCUUGUUUUGCAUCCAUUGGGGCUUAGCUACAAAAAAGCAAUAUGUAAUUAUAGCUGUUGCAAUCAGGGCUUAGACAUGAUAUUUAUAAACUGAUUUCACAACCACUACAACUUUGAUAAUAAUUCCUUAAACAGUUUUUUUUUUUUGCUGAAUUUCACAAUAAAAUAUUAUCCCAUUAUAAAUAUUAUCCCACUGAAGACUCAGGAACAGGAACGUCCUUGUUCGAUACAUGGAACGAGAGAGUAACUCUGUCAGUGUCUCACUGUCCUCCUGUUUGCUUCCCUGUGCCAGACAGGAGACGUGACAGUGUCUACAAAUGACAAUGAACUAAGAUCAUUCGCUCGCCUUCUCAGCCAAACUAUGUAUGCUACUAUGUAUCUGUGACGCUGCGUGUCCCCCACUCUGUAUUUAAAUCCAUCAAAGACCCUGAAAUCACAUUGAGACAGAGCAGAUGGUACCAGCUUAACAUGCCCAGGUUGGUAGAACUACACCAAACCAGGAUGCCAAACUGUUAACACAGCUGACUGCACCCAGUGAUGAUUUUCAUUAUCAGUCAAUCUACUAAUUGGUGUUUUGUUUUUUGUUUUUUUUUUUUGGAAUAAUUGAUGAAUCAGUCAACAGUGAAAAAACAGAGAAAACUCUAACUCAGUGCUGGGAAAUGUUCUUGAUACUGACACGGAAUUGAAGUUCUCUUGGCUUUUUGUCUCUUUAGUUCGACCAAAUUUGACCAGUGGACCCUUUGAAAGUUAAUGGCUGCUAUUGUAGCUACAGCUUAUAGAUUUAUAAGAAACACUCUGGUAAAAAAAAAUGUGGGAGAAGUUGUUGCCGCAUCAUGCCGUCCAGAGGGGUGUGUGUUGUGUUACGUCGAAAAACUUUAUUUCAACACCGUCAACUGGUUUCUUACGCAAAGCAUACGAGUAAUAUGAUUCCUUAAUUGUUUUGGUUUUUUUCUAACACUGCAGUUUGAAAAAAAGUUGAGGGGUGCACAUACAUUGGCAUGUAACAGUGUGCUGCUGAGUCAGUAAAAGUACUUAAUUAAUACCUGGAAUAACCCUAAGAGAUACUGCAGUCUGUCACUACUGUUGCCUAAAUUCUUAACAGAGAUCAGUCUAGAUAGUCUUGCAGUUUUUUUCCUUUAUGAAGUCUUUGAUGCCAUGUUUUUUUUCUGCAUUGUGAUGAUGAAUGUACAGGAGCUGAUUCCAAAAUACCUUAUGGUUUCAGUGGUGUAGCCUAUUAAAAGUUGUAGACCAAG